CUGAUGGUAUUCAGAAUGCACUUGUGCAUAAUUCUACUGAUAACAUUCUUUCAGAUCCAAAUUAUGUUACUAAAAUUUCAGCAACGUCUCAUCAAAAUUCUUCUACAAUUUCAUUACUUAAUUUAACUCAAUUAUUUAAUAAAGCAACUAAUGCUGAAUAUUAUGCUAUAAAAGCUAAUUAG